ACAUGAGGAGUAAUCAUGUUUCUGUCACUGCCUAUGCUGACAGUUUUGUCCUUGGCUGGCCUGUUUUAUUCGGCCACCAUGGAUGAAAACUUCCCACAGGGCUGCACCAGCACAAGCAGCUUAUGUUUCUACAGUCUGCUGCUUCCUGUUACGAUCCCCGUGUACGUGUUCUUCCACCUGUGGACCUGGAUGGGCAUUAAACUUUUUAGACAAAACUAAGGCAGGCAGACAGCCCGAGGGCACUGCCCGGUGGUCUCAUUGAUCACAGGG